GCGUGGGGACCGCUGUGUCUGUGGGGGACUUCAAUGCCGGAGCGGUUUCAUAUUACCCUAGUGUUUAUUAAUAGUUAUAAAUAAGAGGUUUUAACCGGAGAUAUCUGACAACAUAGAUGAAAACAUUAGCUUUCAUAAUACGCCUUCGACGGCUGUAGUGCGUCGAAUAGUCUCGUCCGUAAUAAUAAAAAAAAGUGCAUGUUUUUGGACCAAACCGCAUCCACAUGAAGCACCUGCACGGAUGGAGAUCACCUUUAACUGACGGCUGUUUUCAAAAGCUGGCUACCUGUGUGCCCUGCCUCUUGUUGUCUAACGUGUCCCACUUAAGCCACUUUGAAUAUUUCUUUGCCAUUGUGUAGAUGCACACAAACACCUGGCCCCAAGGAUUAAAUUAUAGGAACAUGGAGACAGCUUUCGUUGUCCAGCCUUAUCCAGAAGUAUGAUUGGAGCAUCCAGUCUCUCUGGGGACACCUUGAUAGCCUGCCACUUCCCCGUGGUGCAGCUUUCCACUUGGCAGCUUCCUGUCCAGGCCCUGUGCAGCUCUGCCAAGAGGCCCGGCCGGCUGUGCUCAGCAGGCCUGACUCGGGCCGUGUCCCUCCCAGAGCAAGAGUCGAUAAACUGUGAGCAUGCCUUCACCGGUGACCGGAGACAUUUUUCCAGCAGCUACAGCAGCCUCAACGAGGACCGGACGGAAGAGGAGGGAGGCAGCGACGGAAGCUGGAAGUACGAAUCCACCUCGUCGCCCGAAGAGACGAGUUCCCACCAGAAGAAGGAAAGCUCUGUGCCUAGAUGCAAUGUCCGGUCGCGCAACUCCUUCCUUCCCUGUACAGAGUUAAAUGAGGACGAGGAGGAUGAAGACAGCGACGGAGAUAAUCUGCACAGAUAUCACGAGGACUCUUCGUUUGUGCUGCAUGGAAAUUCCAAUUGGCCGCUAAGUAAUGUCGCCACAAAUUACCCAAUAUACCCAAUGCCCCACGGGAACCUGGACAGUGAAUGGGGCAAUGAGGGAACUAUGCUGGUUAGUGAGAGUGAUCAGGAGUGGCUCUCUAACCAGUCCAACCAGAUGGACUCACUGCCGCCUGAAUGCCAGUGCUGUCACAUGAGCAGAUCUGGCAUCACGAUGUUGGCUUGUUUGGAGAAGGACUCAGACAGACUGGAGGAUAACAUGUCCUGCUGCCUCCACGGCGAACACAAAUGUUCCCCAGAGCGUCUUUCCAACAACCACACAGAGUAUGUCAGUGACUCUUCCUGUAACAGUUCUGACGGCGUCUUGGUUAACUUCUGCACUAUGUACAACAGGAGCAACAAUCCUGCCACACCUCAUGAUCUCAGCAGUCCUGCAGCUCACCCCUCUGGGCCAUCAGAGGGAUGUGUAUUCCUCAACCUCCAACCUGUCCCCCAAAGUCAGAAUGAAGAAGUCAAACUUGAUAGCAUGACGGUUUACUCUCCUCCGAAAGAGGAGGUUGACAUGCUGCUUUCUGCUUCCCGCCUGUCCCCUCGGGGCCUUGACUCUAACUGCAAUCUGUACUCACUAGAGGAGCUACCCGUGGGUCUCUCCUCUCUAGAGGUAUCAGACCUGACUGCCUGUCUUCAAAGCCAGGCCACACUGGCCAUGGGGACCAACCAGAAGUACUACAAGCUUGUGACUUGUGACCUCUCUUCCCAGUCACCCAGCCCGGCCUGGUCCAGUGUCACCGGCUGCCCCGAAGGUCAGAGCAGAGGCAGCCCCUUCCUUCUCAGUUUUGAUCAGAAGAAAGAAGGACAGCAGAAUGAAAUUGAGAAGAUCCAAGAUUACCAGGUUGCAACCACCUCCACUGACAAAGCCCUCUGCAGAAAGAAACAGGCAGAUAGCAUCCAGAACCUCUCCCACACGCCUUGCUCGCUGUGCCCCAGCCAGUGUGGCCCACAUAGCAGUAAAUGCCAAGAUGCAAGAGUGGCAACCACACAGCCAUCUGUGAUGCAGGACCAGGAGCACAACUAUCCUUGUGAUACUGAGAAGAGACCAAGUCCAGAUGUGGUGCGCUACAGUAAAGCCCAGAGGCCAACCUCGCUGCCCAUCCAGCCCUUUGUUCUGGUUCCUGCAGGAAAGCCGCAGCCGCCGUCCCAGCCCCUUGGCUGCCUGCUAGAGCAGUAUCUAAAUAAAAAGAGCAGUAAGACUGCUAACAUGCAGCCGGCCUUCAGUUUCAAAGGCAAAAGCAGCCAAAGUUUUUCAGAUUUUCACCCAUCACCGACAGACAACCACUGCUCCAUCUUCCUAGAGGCUCCUUCUAGCUCUGGUACCUGCUCCACCUGCACACCAAGCCCAGAGUGCUUCAUCCGCACGCGUUCAUGGAAUCAGUUGGGUGAAAGCAAAGACUGCACCGGUCCAUGCACGUCAAACAGCAGCCUGGAUUCACAUCAUACUAGUUGUCCCACAGAGGCUCAAGAGCAAGACAAAGCAGGCCCACAUUCAGGCCAAACUCAGGCUAACACUUUGCUUAGUCUUGUCUCAGCUCCGAAUCGAUCCAGUCUCGUUAGGAUUCCCACCUACAAGGACUUGAUCAGUCUCACCUUUGAGCAAAGCCAAGUGCACGCCGAGCCUAAAAGUGCUAAUCAUUCCCUUAACUACACCACCUAUCAUUCAAUAUUGUCUCAAAACCCACCCACUUUAACCAUCACCACUGACACCCACCACCCAAACUCGCAGGUGUCUGUUUCUCCUCCCAAAACCUCACUGCCACAGGAAAAGCUUCCACAGUGUGGAGCGGCACCUGCAGCUGACUCAGGCUUUUUUCACUCUAGUUUCACAGCUGCCCUCUCCACAGUGGCUCCUCUCUCCUCUCUGAGUUCUCUCCUAUCCUUGGCCGCUUCAGGGCUGCAAAUCCAGGACUCUGCUGGACACAGUUUGAAGCCAAAUCAGAGUCAUCACAGUGAGUCUCUGAUCCUGAGCGACAGGCCGCCCACAGAGUUCAACCUCUCACCCGAUACGUCUUAUGAGUCCAUGUCUAUCAGCCAUCUUCAGAGGAGAAGGUUGCUGAGGUCUGUGAGCAGGGCGGUGGAUCUGAUUAUGGCUCAUUUUGGCAGCAGCAGAGAUCCUGAAGAAAAGAUGCGCCUGGGGAACAGUUCUUACAGUCCUACAAUCGCUGGUCUGGUCCUGGAACACUUGUGUCCAACGAUCCAGGAUAUUCUAGAGGACGGUCUUAGGGAUCACAAACUGGAUUUUAUAAUCGGACAACGCCGCAAUCACGCCUGGAGUGUGGUCGAAACCUCUACUAGGAUUGGUCCAUCCACCAGAGUUCUUCACAGUCUUGUUUCCAAAAUCAGACGCUGUCCCCAGCUCACCAGCCACUGCAUGAAACUGAGAGCCUUCAUCAUGGGCCUGCUUAACUUGAGAGCUUUGGAGUUCUGGCUCAGUCAUCUUCAGAGUCAAAAAGAUGUUGUGACAGCCUACUACCAUUCUUGGGGGUUCCUGUCUAUGUCCCUGGGGCGCUGUCAUCCUUUGUUUCAGGAGCUGCUGCUUCUCCUGCAACCACUCUCUGUGUUGCCCUUUGACCUCAACUUGCUUCUGGAGCCCCGACUGUUACGCCACAGACAGCUGUGGUCAGAGGAGCAGGCUCUCUCCCCACCUCAACCGUGCUCAGCGCUUUUAGCAACCAGCUGGCCAAGACUGCAAGGCGACAAAAAGGAAGGCAUCAGCUACUACAGUCAGAUUUCACACCAGAUUGAUUUGCACCGCCAAGAGUCUCUCAGCUCUCACAGUUCAAGCUGCAACAAGCAACAGUGUGGUUGUAUGCAGACCAGCAGGAGUCCAGUGUUAGCUACUAUUCCAGAGUGGUGCCCUAAGGAGCCUGACGUUGUGGAUGGAAUGGAGGACUGUAGCCAAAAUCAUACAGAUACUUGGUUUCAAAUAAGUAUGGACAACAAGAAAGAAGAAACAAAGGUGGAAAAAGACUGUGGCAUCUCAAAUCCACCCACUACCGAACAGGCACAAAAUCCUUGUUGGGGUGGGCUUCGCUGGGCUAAACUGUUUGGAGCAACUGGUACUUCAUCCACACUGGGAGCAAUUUCUCAGAGUCACACAGGAACACAAACCACAAAGCACAGGCGACCAUCACAGUGGCUACGAUUGGACCGAUCACAGCUUGGACUCUUGGCUCAAUCCAUCAGGUCCAUGAAGCUAGGAGGAGCUCAAACAGACAAGGACUGCUGAAAACUAAACCCUCCAUGGGGGAGAGCCAGACUGCGGAUUAUUUACUGUAAGAACAAAAGUCUUAACUGGAUGAAAGUGCAGCGCUUAGCCAUGCUGCAGAACUGAGAAGAAAGCACAAAAACGCAAGAUUAACAGCUUUGGCUCUUACUCAACAAGCUUUGCAUUACACCAAAUGGUGUGAAUCAAAGCAAUGUUUUUGUGUUCUUGCUGAGUACCUGUUAAAUAUCAGCUUAUCACCAUGUUGUGCUUUUAAAACAAAUUAGCGCUAUGGACAGGGGAGGGUGUAGCAUCACAAAGUGUAGCAUAACAGCAAAAAAAGACUAGUUUAAGUGGCAGAUCUUCACAUCAGACUAAUAAUGUGUCAAUGUAUAAAUUAAUUAUCAGUGUAUGCAGAAACAUAUGUUACAUAUAGUAUUCAUGAAAUUAUAAAUGUCAGGAAAAGACCUAGUGAUGCUGAUAUAAUAGCUCUCUAACUAGUCACUCAAAUUGGAUUAGAUAUGUACUCACUUCAUAAGCUAGACCUGUUCAACUGCUUGUUGAUGCACAUCUAAUCAGUUAGUCACAUGUAGCAAUACAAUGCAUUUAGGCAAGUAUGCAAGGUCAAGAUGACCUGCUGAAGUUCAAACUGAGCAUGAAAAUAGUUGCUAAAUGGGCUGGGCUGGGUAAUUUAGGAACCGGUUUACAGUUUCUAAAAUACAGAGAAUGGUCAAAAAAAGGCCAGGUGAGCAUGGCCAUACUACUUUGAGCUGAUAGGAAAGUAACGGUGACUCAAAUAAGCAUUCGUCACAAUCAAGGUUUGCAGAAGAGCAUGAACGCACAGCACAUCAAACCUGGGACCUUGACACUCCUGUCCGCAAAUUUGGAAAAUGAGAUCUGAAAAACACUGCCUUGUCUAAUGAGUGUCGAUUUCUGUAGGGUCAGAACUUGGCGUAAAUAACAUGAAAGCAUGGAUUCAUGCUGCCUUGAAUCAACAGUUCAGGUUGUUGUUGUGAUGGUGUGGGGGAUAUUUCUUAGCACACUUUGGGCUCCUCAGGAGUAACCGAGCAUCAUUUAAA